AUGGAUUUCAGCUCUCCUUUUACUCUGCAGUGCUUGCUGGUGAUAAUAACUGUUACUCAUGGCUCUGUCACCUGGACCGGUGUGCUCAGCGGCGGCUCAGCAGUCUUUUCUAUGGGAAUUCAAAGUCUGCAGACCUUCUCCAGAAUGAGCAAGAGGGAUGUGAGAUGCCUGACAGCUGUCUUAAAUGAUACUUUGUUGGCCGAGUGCGGCACUUCUACCGGCAGAUGCCUGAACUUGCAGAAUGGCUCUCUAGUGCUGAGGAGUGUGGAGAAAGAGGAUGAAGGAAAAUACGAGUUUGUUUUUCACAACACCACCAGAUUUUUUACACUGGAAGUAUUUGAGCCGGCCAUUGGUAUCCAGUGCUUCCCUAAUGGGACCGGAGAGUUGUCCUGCGACGUGACCAGCGACGAGAGCACCAGCUUUCGGUGGCUGCUGAAUGGCACCGCGCUGAGCGCCCCUGAGGCUUGCAUUAAGGACGGUGGGAAGAAGGUUCGCCUGGACAAAACCGUGCCCGGGGAAUUUGUAUGUGAGGUUUACCACGGGAACAGUGUCACGAGGACCAGGCCCGUUGUGCUGUCUUGCAGCUAUGGAGACCUGCUGCAGUACCCGUGGUUCAUUUACAUCCUGGCAGGAUGCGCAGGGGGUGCAGUUAUCCUGGUGGUGGUUGUGUCCUCAGUCAUAUGUUGCUGCAUGAAGAGGAAACACAAGUUCAUCCCAGUGCCUUCAGAGGAGGAGAAGGAUGACGGACUAACAAUGUCCGUGGUCUCCAGUGAAGGCGUGAAGAGCCCCCCCAAUGGAGACCAUGUCGAGGCUCAAGCUGCCCAAAUCGACUGCCCUUCAAAGCCUGACGCUGCCCAGACUGGUCAAGGCAUUGAGCCCCAGCCUCUCGUGGAAGAAAAUUUACCAGUGGAGAUAGAGCCUGAGGAAAUGCCAGACCCAGAGGUUGUAGUUGAUGUGGAAAGCCAGGAAAACGCCUCGGACUGUUUCCUGGAUCCAACUGAUGACUGAUCUGGCGUGCUUGCUGUUCCACCCUGUAUUGAAGCCUAUGAAUGACACCUGUCCUUUGCAUCCCAUAGUCUCAUUGUGUGUAAGAAUUGGUCCGGAAAAUUUUAGCACGGGAAAGAUGUGAGGUGUCAGGCCUGCUAACCUCAUUUAAAAAAAAAAAAAAGAAAAAGAAAAUAUAAGAAAAAGCACGUGCGUGGCUUCAAGGCUACGCUGCAGUGGGCUGACAGGUUCACUAACAAACAAAACCUGGGCAGCUCUUUGAUGCUUUGCCUGUUAAUAGACCUGCAGUUAACCUGUGGAGCCCUAGAGGACAGCCUGAAAUGAGAGGGGUGGUUCCUCCUGCUCCCUGCCCACCCCACGGCUUGCCAUGUCUUCA